AAAGUUUUGACAGAGAGAAAAAAAAACUCUCAUAAAACUCUGUUUUAAUUUACGCAUUAAUCACAUCUUUCAUUCAAAACAGUGUUAAAGACAUGGACUAGGCAUACAAUACAACGAACAUAAAUCCAUUGCUUAAAUCAAAAUGAAGUUUGUUUACCUACGAUUUAUAAUUUAUUUUGAUAUUAUUCAAGCAGAGCAAUUAUAUGUCACACAUCGAUAAAUACAACUGUCAUUAUGCUUGUAAGCUGUUUUGGAUAUUCAUAUUCAAUUCAUAUGGUGCAUCUUUACAAAUAAGUUAUUUCAACGAUUAACAAAACAUGUGAAAUUCUGGAUUUACAUGAUACUUAUUUAAGUGUUGGAAUAAAACAUGUUCAGGUGUCUACGGGGAUUGUGUAUACUAUAUGUAGUUAUUUUGAUACGAUAUGAAGUUGAUUCGACAGAAGAUUACUACCGACACUUUCCUUCUCCUAUCCCGAGUUUUCUGCCUGUACCUACAAGUAUUACCGUCCAAAAAGGAGAAACAGCACAUCUGAGAUGUCGGAUCCAUAACUUAGGAACAAAAACGGUUGUGUGGAGAAAAAUAACUGAAGAAUUUCCUUUAACAGUAGGGAAAAGGUUAUUCACGCCGAGUCGAAAUAUAAAAAUUGAAACAGAGGCUAUUACUGGCACAGAAGUCGAUGAAGACAGAUAUGAACUCAUUAUUAAGGACAUUACAGAAGACCAGGCCGGAAUUUACGAGUGUCAAGUUAGUGCAACAGAAAAAUACACCAAAAACAUAACAUUGCAUGUUUUGGAUCCGGCAAAAUACAAACCAGAAUUGUACGGUACACAGUAUGUGAGUAUAAUGGAGAAUAUACAUUUAACAUGUAAUGCUACAGGGACAACAAAGACGCCGGAUGGCGUUGACUGGUUCUUUAACGGAGAAAUCAUAACUGAAAUGAAUCCUCGUUGGCAGGGCCGCUUAGUCGAAAUAAACAAAAAGCCUCUUCCAGGGCGAUCCUUAAUAAGUGAACUUAUAAUUGAAAGAGCAACAAUCGGUGAUAGAGGUCAUUAUGUGUGCCGCCUUACAAAACAUUCAGCUAAUGGAUUAAAAGUUCAUAUCUUAAAUGAUAAAAAGAAUUACAAGAAUCCAAAGAGAGAUAACACAGAAAAGCUAGAUUCAUCUUACUCAAAACAGAACAGCGGUGCUUCGUGUUGGAACUUUUUACAGGUUUCGUGUAUUACUACACUGUGUUACUUUAUAUCCUUUAUCACACAGCAGUGAAUAAACGAAAAAAUCUUGAAAAGCUAUACUUAAAGACAUUUUAUGACAAUGCGUUAGCUACGGGGAAAUCACUUACUGAACUAUACAAUACGCACACACAGCGGCUAGCGAGUUAUCGUUCCAUCAUAAAUCAUCUAUAAUAAUUGAUAAAUGUUGUAGCUGUAAGAUGGGAGUAUUUCGAAAAUGGUAGUAUGCAGCGAGGAAAAGGGAAAACAAAACUACACUUAUUGUUUGAUUAAUGGACAGUGCCUUUAUGCAUUUUACAUAAACUUAUAUAUUAUAUAUUGAUAUAAACGUUUUCAACCCUAAGGAACGUCAUGUGUUAGAUGUGGUAGGAGAGUUGUUGUCAAUGAAAUAUCCUGUAGCAUUGACUUCGAAAAUGGCUGCAUAAUGACGAAGCUUCUCAAAUACUGUUUGAUCAAGUUUUUAGUUUUUAUGUAAUGUAAUAUCAUUUUAUCUCAAAACGAUUCUUUAGUUUCUACAAAAACGAUGUGAUAUAUGUUAGAUAUUGAUUUAAAUAUUAACGUUAAUGAGUUGAAGUGUAUCUCCUGGUGGUAAUGUUUUAAUACUGUAUAAUGUACAUGAUGUUUUUAACCUUUUAAGAUGACUGUAAUGACGUCACUUACGACUGUUUAUUUUAAUACCGGUAGCCUGUGUCAGUAAGACAUGUCCAAAAUAAUUCUGGCAUUGAAAUAUUUGACCAAGUGCUUGAAAUUAUGAACCAUAUUAAUGACAGUCGAGAUCAUCUCUAUUCUAUGUAUUUGAUGUGUCAAACGAAUGCACGCUGUCUUGAUGCAUUUGCAGCUGUCCAUUACAUAAUCCGUUUAUCAUUCACCUAUACCAUUAUAUUUCAAAACCUCUUAACAUAUCAUUUAAAAUAACAUGCAAUACUGUAAGUUAAAAUGAUGUUUUAUGUAUUAUGUAAACUUUAAGGCUGCAAAUAGGUAACACUUAAAGUUCUGUUGUUUUUGUUUUUGUCUGAAGUUUUAUAUUAUUCAUAUCGGUGUUUACUUUUUGACUACAUGUAUCAUUUCAGGAAAUAAUGUCCAGUUUUGAGCACCAUCAAUUUUAAUUUCUAUUACUUUUAUCGUGAUUACCUCAGUAUGAUUUACUGCAUUCAUAUUCGUUAACAUCCUCAGCCUAAUUUCAAUGUUGUUUCAUUUUUUGCAGUUGCUUGAAAACAGCUUUAAGUGUGUUUUAUCAGAGUUCAACACACACUGUUGAGCUUAAUAUCACUUUUUGUUAAGAACAUGUUGCUCUUUUAUGUAUAUAUGACUGUAUAAGACACGUUAAAUGGUGUUGUGAUUUUUAUUUAAUGUUAGAGGGAAGAACAACAUUUUGCAAUGUUGUGUAACUAUAUUGCUAUCCACGAGACCAGUCUUAUUUUUUCUAAACAUGCAAAGCUACGAAGAUGUAUUCAGAUUGUAUUGCAAUUGUAUCGUUGCAGUUGAACAUAAUACAUGUCCUCCAAAACACAAAUAUGUCUUAUAGUUCUUCAGAAAAAGUAAGAAAUGAGUCCCUUUCAAGUAAGUCAGGUUAAAAGUAUGCAUGUUUGAUAGGCACAUGUUCGCUUUCAGACACAUUUUCAUACUAUGCCGUUAGUUUUUAUUCUGUAUAUUAUGAACAGGCAAUUUAAAAUACUUUGUGUUUGGUAUUUUGUAUAAAGAUCUACCUAUUAAUGUACAUAAGAGUUAUCAAUGUUCAUGCUUUUUGGAUGCAAUAUGCAAGUGCCUGCUUCGAAAAUAAUAUUUUUACAUGUACGUAUAUUUUUAGACAUUUUUGUUUAAUAGGGAACCAACUCUGGUUGUGUUAGAAUAUUACUUAAUUUUAUUAUUUGUAGACUAUGUAUUUUUGAGGGGUUUUUUUGCAACACGUCUGAGCUCUCAGAAUAGAUUGUGUUUAAAAAAUAUGUUUGCUUACAAGGAUGAAUUAAUAACUUAAAUUAAUUAAUUUAUUCAAUAGCCUGAAUAAGAAUGACAAUACUGAACUGAAUAAAAUAAUAAAUGCAACGUCACACAUUAAAUUAUGUCACGCACCCGAUAAGCGUCAGUGUAUGGUAAAAUAUUGACGUUUCCGGUACCAUUGUUACAUAACGGGGAAUAGAAACUAGUAUGUAAUUAUCUGAAUUUAUCGAACGUAAUAUCACCAUAAUGACAGUUGAUUUAAUCAUAACCAGUUCUGUUAGUUCCAUAUCUGAAUUCAGUUCCAGGUGUAUCAUGCUUUGAAAAUACCCGACAUUGUUCCGCAUGUUUUUUUACUGACUGACUGUUUUGUUUUCAAUAAAGCUAUUAGGCAGUUAUCACAGUUUUGAAUUGUUAAAAAAGUAAGUUUUAAUUCAUAAUGUAAUGACAGUUUUUAACUUAAUUUGUGUUGUUCUUUUUUUCUGUUCUGUAAUAAUGCAAUAUUGAAAAAACAUUCAAAAUUUGAUAUCAACCUCGAGUGUCCGAUAUGUGCACAAGGACUUCUUUCUAAAACUUCAGAACUUCUGAGGCCUAACCUCAGCACAAGGUCUCCUUGUUAUCUCAUUGUAAAAAUUCACUGGCUGACGCCCGUCUGUCCCUUUAUUUCCUAUUUUUACCCAAAUAUCGUGUUUGCUAGAUGCCCCUAAGAUGAUCCUCUCCAAAAAUAUUAAAUCGAUUCCGUUCGGCUACAUAUACACAUAUCUUCAAAUAGCCGCUCUGUAACUAAUGGUCCGAAGUUAAGUAUAAUGUCAUUGAAAUGUUUGUUAGGUGACCAUUCACGAAGAAUGUUCAAAUGAUUUAUAUUUGUUAAAACCCACUCUUGAAAGCGUGGUCACUUUAAAACUCUUCUUGCAAGACACUACAAGCCCUUCUUAAUAAUUCUGUCAUAGAAAUAUACUUUCAUUGACCCUUUAUCACAACUAUUCAAGUCCCUAUGUUUUGUUAAAAACUUUACUACAAGAAGAGGGGCUAGUUUUUGUCUUUAUUUGACUGUACUGUAAACUUGAACAAAAAUGUUCUCCUCUGAAUCUUCAUAGAGUAUUCUUGGAUGACUCAAACUAAAAUUGCUACCUUUUUGAACUGUGAAAUUCUGGGGAGCUAUAUAGAUUCGUCAUGUCGCUAUUAAUUGUAAAUAUAUAUAAUAUACAAGAAUAGAAGCCGAUCGACCAGAGGUCUAAGUUUGGAGAAAUGAGUUUAUAAACAAUAAUUAGCAUAUUGAAAACAAUUGAUUAGAACUAUUUUACAGGUAGCUUUCAGAAUCUUGAUUAAAAUCAGUUCAGAUAUCUUCUGCCAUUCAGUUGUCCUACAACAUUUUCACUACUAUCGGAUAUCUUGAAGAUAUCUAAAGCGUUGAUAUUCUUGUAAAAAUAAAAGAUAGAUUUGCAAAAUGAAACGUAUACUUUAUAAAACGGAAACGUUGCAGAGUUUUUGCUUUAUUCAUUUUAUUAUAUGUUAUACCUUAUUUAUUUGUUAAAAUAUAUUCAGCUGAAUAUUGUUAAUUAUUAAAAGAAUUCAGAUGCA